AUGACAAUCCGCUCAAGCCCCACCUCCAACGAAAUCAAAACCACCAUCGACUCAGCUCUCGACAUCCUAACCCCCGCCCUCCGCACCCUAAACCACCACAUCUACUCCAACCCCGAAACAGCAUACAACGAACAUCACGCCCACGACUCCAUCUGCACCUUCCUCGAAUCCCUCCCGACCACACACCCAACCCUCUUCCCAGAUAUCACCAUAACGCGCCACGCCUACAGCCUGCCUACCUCCUUCGAAGCAAUCGCAGGCACCGGAACGGGUGGGCGUAUGGUAAACUUCAACGCGGAAUACGAUGCCCUACCGGGAAUUGGACAUGCGUGCGGGCAUAAUUUGAUCACCACGAGUAGUGUGGCUGGGUUUCUGGGGCUUGCUGCGCUACUCAAGAAGUUCGGGGGCGAAGGAAGGGUGCAGUUGUUAGGCACGCCGGCGGAGGAGAACGGCGGUGGGAAGGCGAGGCUUGUGGAGGAAGGGGCGUAUGAGGGUGUUGCGGGGUCGUUGAUGGCCCAUCCCGGUCCCAAAGAGCUCUACCCAGGCAUAAUCUCCGACGGCAUCGCAGGCCCCCUCAUGAACGCCCGCAAAGAACUCCACGUAACCUUCACGGGUGUAACCGCGCACGCCGGCGGAAACCCCUGGGACGGGGUCAAUGCUCUCGACGCGCUGGUCAGCGCGUACAACAACGUGUCUGUGUUACGGCAGCAGAUCAAGCCCGACGAGCGGAUCCACUGUGCGUUUUUGGAGACGCCGGAGGCGGCGAAUGUGGUUCCGGGGAGGACGAGGGCGUAUUGGCAGGUUCGGAGCCCGAGUUUGAAGGGGUUGAAUGCGUUGUUGGGGAGGGUGAGGGGGUGUAUUGAGGCCGGGGGGUUGGCGACGGGGUGUGAAGUUGAGAUUGUUGAAAAAGAGCUAUACGCCGACAUUAAAUCCAACUCGCCGCUCUGCGCCCUCUACAAAACCCACAUGGAGUCCUAUAACCACACAGUCCUCCACUCGCACCCCUCGAACCAAGUCCUCACCGGAUCCUCUGAUAUUGGAAACGUGAGUUAUAUCGUGCCGACGCUGCAUGCUAUGUUUGCGAUUCCGGCGGAGGAGGGCGUGUUCAUGCAUCAUCCGCGGUUUGCGGAGGCGGCGGGGACGGAGGGAGCAUUUGGGGAGGCGGUGACUGUGGGGAGGGUGCUUGGUUUGGUGGGGUGGGCGGUUCUGAGGGAUGGGGGUUUCUAUGAGGGGGUUAAGGGGGCUUGGGAGGAGGCGGUUCGAGAAUGA